AUGUCGAGAGAACGAAUUAAGAUAUUCCUCAAGAAAAUUGUGGAAGGUGGCAGGGAGUUCGCUGUUUGGGAGAUAGAUUUGAAAUCAGUGAAGGUUGCAAGGCGGUAUUGCAUAAUGUUAAUAGUAACGUUGACCAUAGGUCUGGUGUCGACCACUAUAGAGGGAAUCGUGGUUUAUAUAAAAGAAGGUAUCCCCAUUCGCACAGAAGUAGUGCUAUAUCCUUCUCCACAAGACACAGGGAUUGUCAUUAAUAUCUUGAGAACAUUGGUCGAAAUUCACUGGUGGCUACUGAUACAAUUGAUGACAGCUGUGGACUGCUUGGUUGCUACCUCGCUAGUCUUCGUGGGAUAUAAAUUCAGGACCCUCGAAGCGUACUUCGGCAGUCUCAGGCAGAAGUAUUUGCAGCGCUCGGGCGAAAACUUGGAUGUUUUAGAGAGAGAUUUCCGCAAAGACUUCAUCACAGGCAUCAAAUUUCAUAAAGAAAUAUUAUGGAGCCAACGUAACCUCCAAUACGCUUUAGGGACCACGUACAGCAUUCAAAUCACUGAAGGUCUCCUAUUGCUGUCGCUAGCAAUGGUCAAAAUGGUGACAAUGGAACAAAAUUCAGCCACUCUCUUCCAAUUCUUGAGCUACAUGGCGUGUGUGACCUUGUUAACGGGAGCCUACAUGCUGUCGGGUGGAGAUAUCAUCAUCGAGGCAGAGAAAAUUCCCAAUGCGAUAUUCAACUCAGGCUGGGAGUUGACCCGUUCAAGCCAGCGCCUGCGCUCAUUAGUUGUGAUCUCCAUUAUCCAGAGUCAAGUUCCCGUCUUCAUGACUGCUUUUGGAAUU